UCUCAUUCCCAGGCCUGCAUGCUUCGCAAAUUGAUAUCCGACCACUAUUCCCAAAUCCACCGCAGGCCACUCUUAAUCGAGCCUGCGCAUCUUUCCCAGCCCCCUACAAGACCAUGCGCCUGACGGAGUCCACAGCGAAUUCCAGGCAACGGCAACCAUGGGCAACAACUCAAGCCGAGUGACGGCGCAGGACAAGGCGAUUUUAGACCUCAAACUCCAGCGCGACAAGCUCCACCAGUACCAACGGCGCAUCACGGUGCUGACCGACCGCGAGACGGCCAUCGCGAAGCAGAUGCUCGCCCAGGGCAACAAGAAGAAGGCGCUGUUGGCCCUGCGGCAGAAGAAGUACCAAGAAUCGCUGCUAUUCAAGACGGAUGCGCAGCUAGAGCAGCUCGAGCAGCUGAUGCGGAAUGUUGAGUUCGCGCAGAUCCAGAAGGACAUUGUCUUCGGCCUGCAGCAGGGGACGGCGGUGUUGAAGCAGAUACAUGCCGAGAUGGGGGGGAUUGAAAAUGUCGAGAAGUUGAUGGGCGAGACGGCCGACGCGAUUGCGUAUCAGAAUGAGAUUAGCGAGAUGCUGGGCGGGCGCAUAUCGAAUCAGGACGAAGAUGAAGUCGAGGACGAGCUGGCGGCCCUCGAAUUGGAGGUAAACAGACCUGUCACUAUGCCAAAUGUACCAAAAGGAGACAUCGAGCCAGCGAUAAGAGACUCGGAGCCAGCCAAAGGCCUAGAACGACAAGCGAAGCGGAGGGAGGAAGAAGCCAUGCUUGCCGCAUGACACCCACAUGAUAAUUUAUCAAUCAUAUCAUCAUCGUGUAACCCCUUUUCAUUUGUAUUCCUUCCCGGGUCCAAGUCACCCAACACCGCUUUUUCCCGAGUGUUCAAGGACCUUUGAACAUUUUGUAAGAGUGCCAUUGGAACACCACCGGCCCAGCUUCAUAGCAGGCAUAUAUAGAGGAAGUGCGGGUAAAUUCAUCUAAACGAUUAUAC